AUGUCGCUGGGCGAGGAGCUCCGAUCGCGAAAUUUCAGCAUCUAUGGACAAUGGACGGGUGUGCUAUGUAUUAUACUUUGCCUUGCGCUAGGUAUUGCGAACAUCUUUUCGUUCAAUGUGCUUCUGAUUAUCAUAAGUGUCAUCAGCAUUGCCUCGGCAUUCGUAAUCCUUUUUAUUGAAGUACCCUUCCUCCUCCGAAUUUGUCCCACAUCCCCGAAAUUUGAUGCCUUCAUCCGCCGCUUUACAACCAACUGGAUGCGCGCCCUCAUUUACGCCGUCCUUGGCGGUAUCCAACUUAUCAGUCUUGCCGAACAUGCUUGUAGCUUGAUUGCUGGUGCUGUCUUCCUCUUCAUUACGGCUAUAUUUUAUUCGCUCGCAGCCCUGAAGAAGCAAGACUUUGUUGGUAGCAAGACACUAGGUGGUCAGGGAGUUGCGCAGAUGAUUGUCUGA